AUGGGUUCGGUUUCAACUGCUUCGGCAUCGCCGUCUCGGCCACCUACUGGAAAUCCACCAGCCAAUUUCAAGAUAUGUGUAUCCUAUUGUGGUAAAGAUGCUUCACAAGGUGCCAACAUCUCUAAUUGGAUCGAUUGUUACAGUCCACAAGACAACUCAUGGAAUAGAGUCACCACAAUCCCUGGCCUUCUGGAAAACCAUGCUCUCAAAGGGUUUUCAAUGGUUUCAAUUGGAGAAUUCAUAUAUGUUGUUGGUGGUCGCCUCUGCGAGUACAUGGUGCCAACUGACAACCAGAUAGUGAGACGUGAACUGGAAGUACGACGACAGGUUCUGCGGUACAACGUGCGUGAGAAUAAAUGGUAUAAAUGUGCAUCGCUCAUUGUUCCUCGAUUCGACUUUGCUUGUGUUGUCAUCGAUGGCAAGAUAUAUGUCGCUGGUGGGAAACGUAGGUUAAGCACUGCCAUGGGAAUGGCGUCUGCAGAGGUUUACGAUCCCGCAUUAGACGAGUGGCAAUCGCUACCAGAGAUGAGCACUUCUCGUCACAAGUGCGUUGGAGUGGCAUGGCAGGGAAAAUUUCACGUCAUCGGUGGAUUCGCUGGAAACAAUGGCUGCAUUGGCAAUAUGGAGAGGAGUUCUGCUGAGGUGUACGAUUGUGAAAGAUCUUGUUGGAAUCUGAUCAUUGGAAUGUGGCAACUUGACAUUCCACCGUAUCAGAUUGUCGCCGUCGAUGAUAAACUAUUCAGUUCUGGCGAUUGUCUAAAUUCAUGGAAAGGGCAGAUCGAAGCAUAUGAUUGGAAUCAAAAUAUUUGGAGUGAGGUCGACGGAUCUCGAUUUGAGGCCUUGUCAGCAACGAAAUUUGUCACAAUGGCACCAGCGGGACCUGAAUUGUACUUUCUUGCUGGGCGUAGGAUGCCGGAUCAACCGUCUAGGAUGACUUCGGCUGUCCAUGUUUUUAACACGUCGGCAAAUGGUGAUGCAUGGAGGAGCAUGGAGCCCAUGGAAGAGGAUGGAGAAAAGGAGCUCUGCAGCCAUUGUUGUGUGGUAAUUCUAAGAGAUUAA